AUGUCACGUAAUAAAGAGAAGAACCAGUCAACGCUACAUAGGUACUAUGCCCAGCAAGAGCAGGAAGCUGGAGUUCUUGAAUCCAAUCCUGCGCUACGCCCAAAGUAUGUCCAGAAGGUGGAAUCGCUACCGCAAGCUGAGAAAUGGAGAAGAACAGUGGUGACAGAAGUUUCAGUGAAACUUACAGAUAUCAGUGAUCCUAGCCGAAGCCUAGACGAAAUACGCAGAUUGAAUGACGAAAUCAGUAAACUACAACGAGAAAAGCGUGCUUGGGAGCAUCACAUCAAGAAGCUUGGUGGUACAGACUACAUUCGGUUCGGUAAACAAGAAGGCAUAUUUGUGAAUGGAGUAAGAUAUUAUGGUCGUGCUCGUGAAUUGCCAGAAGCACAAAAGAAAGAAAAGACGCCAGAAGAAGCUCGUGAAGAGCACCAUGUGCCGUUAAGCUACUAUGGGUCCUUUGGACAAGAUGAGAAGGAUAUGAUCGUGGCUGACGAGCGGUACAUCCAGGGAGAAAUCAACCAAGCUCUAGGAGAAGAGUUAUAUCCUGUUCCGUCAAUUGCCAAGGAAGAACCGGAUAUGCCCACGAAUGAAGACGUGAAGCGGAUGCUUCUUGAAAGACAGAAGGCGUUACUACGAGCACAACUUGGAGCAUAG